AGCGCAGCCGCUCCGCCAUUUCUUUUCCCAUAUGACUCAAUGGUAGGCCGUUCACGUGGGGGAAAUAGGUAAAUUCUGUGUACGCUACGGCUAAGUACUAAAAAAUACAAAAAAAAUCUAUAAAACAGAAAAACGUAAAAAAAAUUGUAAAACUUCGGCAAAACCCUGAACUUGUUUCGCGAGUUCAGUCCUAAAAAGUUAGCAACUGUCUCGUUGGAGUUAGGGUUAGGCGGAUCUCCCCCUUCGAUUACGACGAGCUCACCACCACCCAAAACCUGGCAAGAUGAACCCGAGCGGUCCCAACUACCCGAUGGCUUCUCUCUACGUCGGCGACUUGCACCCGGACGUAACGGAGGCGAUGCUUUUUGAGAAGUUUUCCACAGCGGGUCCCGUGCUUUCGAUUAGGGUUUGCAGAGACAUGAUCACUCGACGGUCACUAGGCUACGCAUAUGUCAACUUCCAGCAGCCCGCUGACGCGGAGCGUGCCCUGGACACAAUGAACUUCGACCCUAUCAAAAGCAAGCCGAUCCGUAUCAUGUGGUCACAGCGAGAUCCAUCGCUGCGGAAGUCCGGGGUCGGAAACGUCUUCAUCAAGAACCUGGACAAGACCAUUGACAACAAGGCCAUGUACGACACCUUCUCGGCCUUUGGGAACAUCCUGUCUUGUCGCGUGGCCACAGACGAAGAAGCAUCCUCAAAGGGAUAUGGUUUUGUCCAUUUCGAGACCGAAGAAGCGGCCAACAAGGCCAUCAGCAAAGUGAAUGGCAUGCUGCUGAACAACAAGAAGGUCUACGUGGGCAAGUUCAUCCCCCGCAAGGAGCGCGAGAAGAUGCUUGGCGACAAGGCCCGAUGCUUCACCAACGUCUACAUCAAGAACUUUGGUGACGAGCUCGACGACGAGAAGCUCAUGGUCAUCUUCGAGAAGUUUGGCAAGAUCACCAGCGCCAAGGUGAUGACCGACGAAAACGGCAAAAACCGGGGCUUUGGAUUCGUCUCGUUCGAGGAUCCCGAGUGUGCCGAGCGCGCCGUGGACGAGCUCAACGGCAAGGAGAUGGGUGGCCGGGUGCUGUACGUGGGGCGUGCCCAAAAGAAGGCCGAGCGCCAGUCCGAGCUGAAGCGCCACUUUGAACAGCUGAAGCAGGAGCGCCUCAACCGCUACCAGGGCGUGAACCUGUACGUCAAGAACUUGGACGAUGCCCUAGACGACGAGCGACUCCGGAAGGAGUUUGCACCUUUCGGUAACAUCACUAGUGCCAAGGUGAUGACCGAUGGCAAUGGGCGCUCCAAGGGCUUUGGUUUCGUCUGCUUCAGCUCACCAGAAGAGGCGACGAAGGCUGUGACCGAAAUGAAUGGCCGUAUCGUGGUCUCCAAGCCACUUUACGUCGCUCUGGCCCAGCGCAAGGAAGACCGCAAGGCACAUCUCGCCUCUCAGUACAUGCACCGCAUUGCCGGCAUGCGCAUGCAGAUGGGACAGAUGUUCCCGCCGGGCGGUGCUGGUGCUGCGGGCUACUUCGUGCCCACCAUGCCCCACCAGACUGCCCAGCGCAGCUACUUCCCGGCCACCCUGGGACCAGCCCAGAUGCGCGCCACCCCUCGCUGGACAGGCCAGCAGCAGCAGCUGCGUGGACCCGGGGGACCUCAGGCUGGGGCCGGUGGACCCCAAGGAGGCCAGCCUCAGGGCGGCUUCCCCACCUCGCUGCCCUACCAGCGGCAGCCGCGCCCUUCUCUGGCAACACAGCCGCAACGUGGAGCCUUGGGCAGCGCACGACCAAUCACGGGUGGACAGCAGGCCCCGCCUCCUCAGCAGGCCCCGCCCCAGCAGGCCCAGUCAGCACCCCGGGUUAUGGGCCCCCGUCCUGCGGGCCUUGCCCCGCAGACGGCUGGUGGUCCACGCCCGACCUACAAGUACACCCAGUCCAUGCGCAACCCACCACAGGUCCAGCAAGUCUCUGCACCCGUUGCUGCUCCAUUCCAGGUGGCCGCCCAGCAGCAGCAGCAACAGCAAGUGGCCGCAGCUGCGGUGGCUGCCCAGCAGGUGUCUCAGACCCAGCAGGCUGCAGUGCACAUCCAAGGCCAGGAGCCCCUGACCGCUUCCAUGCUGGCUGAGGCCACCCCGCACGACCAGAAGCAGAUGCUGGGCGAGCGCUUGUUCCCGCUGAUCCACCGCAUGUACCCAGACCUGGCCGGCAAGAUCACCGGCAUGCUGCUUGAGAUUGACAACUCAGAGCUGCUGCACAUGCUCGAGCACCACGAGUCGCUCAAGGCCAAGGUGGAAGAAGCCGUUGCAGUGCUGCACGCUCACCAGGCCAAGGAGAACGUGGCCAUGAAGAAGGAGUAGUGACCUGACCGCCUAGCUCCCGACUCCAUCGUAGGCUUCCCCGGGGGUUUGCACAGUCUAUGGGUGACGGGUAGCCCAAGUGGCCUGCAAGGGCUCGGCUGGGACUGCACAGGGCACACAGCUCGUUUUGCGAUUGCCCUUUGUGUUUGUUGCGGUGCCCGGCUGGCGCACUUGCGGUGCUCUUGGUUUAUCGUCACCCACGUGAACUGGCCCACCAGGAAUCAGAGGGAAGGGAGCAGACCAGAAAAAAGAAAAAAAAAGAGCAAAACUUCGAUACAUAAAAAAAUCGUAAAACUCGCACUUUUUUUUUUCACACCCUUCUUACUACUGCCUUUUGUGAAAUCGUGCAUUGCAAAUAAAUUUUUUUUUCUCCUU